UUCAUUUUUAAACACAUACAUUUGCAGGUCCUGUCUGUUAUGACCAGAAGAUGAUGAUUUCUUUGUCUUGUUUAGUGAUGAUGCUUAUUUGCAUCAAAAUGAUUAUGUGGUCUUAGUUGUGCAAAAACAUGGAUACAUAAAACUGAGAAAAUGUGAAUUCAGGAUGAAUGGAUGAUAAGAUUUUCUGCUAAACUAUCAUCGCCUUAUCGCUGCCUUAAUUUCGUCAUUUGUUUGGCUUUUAUCGUAAGUCCACGUCAUUUCUAGCUUAUCACAAAAGUGUGUUUGCAAGUUAAACUUUGGUGGGUGUUUCUGUGCCGACACAUCCUGAUUUAUGCUGUGAAAUUUGUCUGACUCCACCUGUUCGGUUUUUGUUUUAACAGUACAAAGUGCAAUAUGUGAGAACAUUAAUCUAAACUGCGGUGCCACUGGACAUAAUACAGACUGAGAGACGAGGUUGGGACAUUCUACAGUACAUCGAACUGGAGUGAAACAAAGAGCAGUAAGGACUUCUCUCAGGACUGAAUAAUAUUCAACAAUUCUGAUCAGGACAUUCUGAUUUUUUUAAAGUCUGAAAACAUCAACAUGGAUCCACAAACUAUUCUCUGUGACAUGUGUGCAGAGGAGGACAGGAAACCAGCAAAGAAGACGUGCAUGAAGUGUGAGAUCUCCAUGUGUGUCCAGCACCUCCAGGCCCACCUGACCACACCUGUGUUACUGCAGACUCAUCCUCUGACUGAACCCAUGGAUUUAUGUGGGAACACCAAAUGUUCUCAGCACGGCAAGCUCCUGGAGUACUACUGCUUGGACGACAUGACCUGUGUGUGUGUUUCCUGCGCCAUUGAGGACCAGCACCGCCUACACAAUAUGAAGACCUUCUCCACAGCCCACAAAGAGCUCCUGGAGAAGCUGAAAGCUGAGCAGCUGAUCUUACAGGAGAAAACAGACGAUGAGAAUGUGAGUCUGGAAAAGUGGGAGAAGAGUGAAAGAGAGAAGCUGGGUCGCUGCAGUGUGCGUCUGACUGAGGCUGUGACUAAGCUGCGUGACAUCUCUCUGACCAGCGUCCAGAGCUCAGUCUCUGCUCGUAUGGUGUCCCUGAAAACCAGCAAGAGCAGCAUGGAAGCAGCACAGAAGGAGAAGGACACCUUCAGAUUCCUGCAGAUGUAUUCUCAGGUGCAUCAGGAUGUGGAGAAGGCCAAAGCUGUGGAUCUGAGCAAAGGGCUGGAGCCGGGCAGCCAUCGGGACAAACUGGUUGAGGAGAUAAGACAGAAUGGGGAGAAGAUGGUGAGUCAGGCGUUUCAGUUCUGGGGAUCAUUGCUGACUCUGGUUGAUCCUGAACACCACCAGGAGCUUGUUCCCAUUGGUUCAGACCUGAUCUUUGAGCCACAGUCUCUGGGUCCUGGCAUGUCGCUGUCCAAAGACAACAGGAAGGUUUUCCACAAUAGCUGGCUGGGACAGUGCUGUGCAACUCUUCUAAUCUGUAGUACCAAGACAGCCAGCAGCUAUCAGAGGUGGGUGGUCAACCUGCCUAAAGAGUCUGAUUGGACGACUGGUUUAUGUGAAAAAACAUCUGCAAAGAACUUGAAGGAUGGAGCUGUGUAUGGACUGUGCUGGGAGGAUAAGCAGCUCAGCAGCCUCACAACAAAGAGAAAUGAAGGUUUUCAAUCAUCCACUUUACAAGGUUUGAAGGUGCAAAAUACUGGUACAGUCAAAACUGGGACCCAACUCGCGACAACCUCUGCAUUAAUCACAUAUCAGGGGGAGAAUGGAGACGAGCCUGUACCACGACCUGAAAAGGUGGAGGUGUUGUGGAACUUUACUGCCUCCACGCUGUCCUUCUUCAGGAGAACCGGACAGCACCAGAGAGAAGAAAUAAUCACAAUGAAGCUUAAAGUAAGCAUCAACAACUGGGACCUGGUCCCAUUUGUCCAACUGGGAAAGCAAAAUAUCUACAACACGACCCAGCAGCAGCAGCAGGAAUGGAAGUGCACAUGUGGGAAAGUUUACUACAGGGAUGGUAAUGGAUACAGAAAUAAUAUGUCCCGCUUUUCCUCCGAGGCUAAUUGUUCUUGUGGAAAAAUGAUUGGUGGUCCAUGUGUGACAGAAAUGGUUUGUAAACUCUGUUAA